AUGCCCCAGGCAUCGUCACUGCCACGGCUGCCCGGCAUGAAGGUGGUGGUCGCAGCCGGGGUGUUUGCAACCACCCUCUGGAACCUGAGGUGCUUCCUCAACCCGUCUGAGGUCUCCAGAGAAGCCCCCAAGCACACUGAGCCACUGGUGGUCCUGGUGUGGGAAUGGCCCUCGAAGCAGGUCCCCAACAUCAGCGGGGACGUUUGCCACGAGCUGUAUGGCAUCUCAGGCUGCAGGCUCACCACAGAGCAGCAGUUCCUGAGCCAGGCGGACGUGGUGGUGUUCCCCCACGCCAGGCUCCAGUCCGGCAGGGACAGGCUGCCCAAGGAAAGGCCGCCGGGGCAGAACUGGGUGUGGGUCUCCCUGGAGUCCCCCUCCAACACUAAAGCUCUAGCAAGAUGGAACCAGACCUUCAACUGGGUGAUGACCUACAGACGGGACUCUGACAUCUUCAUCCCCUACGGCAAGCUUGUGCCCAACCGGUCAGCUACCGUGAACAUCCCUGUGAAGACCAACUUGGUGUCCUGGGUUAUCAGCAACUACCGCAGGACUCAGAAAAGAGCUGAAGUCUACAAAAACCUCUCCAGGUACCUCCAUGUGAACAUAUAUGGCAAAGCAAACAAAAAGCCACUCUGCAAGGACUGCCUCUUGCCAACGACGUCCAAGUCCAAGUUCUACCUGGCCUUUGAGAACUCCAUCCACCAGGACUACAUCACUGAGAAGCUCUGGAGGAACUCACUGAUGGCCGGCACUGUGCCCGUGGUGCUGGGGCCUCCCCGGGCCAACUACGAGCAGUUCGUUCCUGCAGAUUCCUUCAUUCACGUUGAUGAUUUUGGUUCCCUGGCAGAGCUGGCCACCUUCCUGAAGACCAUGAACUCCAGCCGCUACCAGCAGUUCUUCGCCUGGCAGAAGAGGUACAGUGUGAAGCUCUAUGACGACUGGAGGGAGCGGAUCUGCACCAUCUGCACCGCCUACCCCAGUCUGCCCCGUGGCCAUGUCUAUCCCAACCUGGAGAGCUGGUUCAACACGUAG